AUGGAGGCCAACGAUGCCAGCAAGCCUUCGCCGCUUCGAAUCGCGCGCAUCGAGCCGGCGUCCAGCAAUACGCGGGUUGAAAAAAAGCUACACACGACCGCGUCUGAUUCUGCGGUCUUGACUCAUACAGUUCCCACAACUGACGGCGACUCCGCUACUCGUGCCCUCCCGAUGCCACCACCUCCAACGCGAGCCUUCGACUACACGGGAUCCGAAUACUUCAGUCUCGAUUCUUUUCCCGCCAUCGACUCUCCUUCUCUUUCUCAAGCCGCCUUGCUCUCGUACAUCAACCAAGACCGCGCUGCUCCAAGCAACGCGACCUGUGAAGCGACCAUCAGUACAACGCUCAAUCUGGCCAGCAUCACCAACUUGCAAGUCGCAGCCUCCCUACGUCCCCUCGAAACACUCAUCCUAUCCUGCGCACAAGAAAUCCAGGACGAGAUCCUGCAUUACACGCUCGCCGCGACGCUUCCACCUACACAACAUCUCCACUGGAUCGAAGGGGAGAGCAAAUACAUCGUGUCGCCUCUUCAAAAUCAUCCACAGGCUCCGUUACUAUUUCCCGAACGCUAUGACAAUGACGGUGUCGUGGAGAUGAAAGGGCCUUGUCGCAUAAAUGACCGAACAUACUUCUAUAUACCGAGGGGCGUGUGGUGGUUCUCCGGUGUUCGAUCCGAUGGCUGUAUGAAGUACCGCCGCAAGCUGGAUGGAGAUCUACUAAAGGACCGCGUCGUGGUGUUGGACUUCAUGUACAGGGUUCCGGCUGCUCUGCAGAUCGAUUCGAAGACUAGGGCUUUCUGGGAGAAGGUCUUUUACGAGGAUAGGGUGUUUUGGAUUCGAGACCAGGAUCGCGAUGCGUUCAGAGUGUGGGCGCGGGGACUUAGCGAGGAGCAGGUCGAGAAGAUGACGAUUCUCAGCAAAUUGGGAUAUUGA